GGAACGAUGAUAAAAAAGGUGCUUUUAAAAAAUGCAAAUGCGGACAGAGAGGAAAGGCGGAGAGAGAGAAAGGAAACCAGCCUUUUGCGAACCCGGUUCUCCGAACACCCAGCCCUCUCCUGGUUUCGGACCAUCCCGUCUUUUUAUCAUGACAGGUGACUGUGGCCGACCUUCUCAGCUUGUUCUCCCCUUUCUGCAGUCUUUGAGCUGCUGGUGGAUUGCGGGUCGGCCGCCCAUCCCCAGCCGCCGGGGAAAAAAACAACCCACUUGCUGGGGUUGUAACGUGGUCUUGGGACCGGCCGGCAAGGCAGUUGGCCGGUUGUGCCGCCGGGAUGGAUGAUGCCUCCACCCUGGAGUACGAGCUGCUUUCCCCGGGCCGGGCCGGGCCCGGAGGCACCGGGGCCACGGGCAUGGACGCCGAGCAGAAGACCGUCUUCGCCUUCGUCCUCUUCCUCCUGGUGUUCCUGGUGGUGCUGAUGAUCCGCUGCUUCCGGAUCCUGCUAGACCCUUACAGCCGCAUGCCCGCCUCAUACUGGACUGACCACAAGGAAGGGCUGGAGAGAGGCCAGUUCGAUUAUGCCCUGGUCUAGCCUGGCCCCCCGGCAUGGCCGGAUCUUGCUGCCAGUGGCCGCCGGGACUCCCUGGAGGCCACGAGGAAGUCAGGGAGGGCACCCAAGUGGUGGAAACGGCCGGGGGACAGAUUCUGCCUGAAUCUAAAACAUCAGGACUCUGGUUUUGGCGUCAAGGGCCUUCCCGGGUCCCCAUCCACAACCUUGAGGACUAGAAUCUUAGCUGAAGGAAAGGUGUCUCCUGCAUGGAUGUCGGAUCUGCCUUUGUCCCGGGUUCCUUGGCUGGUGUCUCCAGGUAGGACUAUUGGGGGAACUCGAUGCCUAUCGAACCAUGAGGACUAGUCUUUGUUUUCAUGGAAAAGACUACCACUCCCUCCCACCCUGGGGGCUUUGCAUCCAGAACGGCUCAGGCCCCCUCUUGGCAUCUUUGAGGAAGGUAAAAAAAAAUCCACACUGGACCCUUAUCCUGAUCUGAACAGCCAUCCUCACAAAAGCUGCUGAACAUGGUUCAGAAUUGGCCUCCCACCGUUUCUUACCCAUGGCGCUGGGGUCUCUGCUUUUAUCUGUGAUGUUGGAAAACACGCAACCUGUCUCUGCCUUUUGUUCUCGGAAGGUGGCCAAAGGGACCACGGUGGGGAAAGGACAGGGGCCAUCUAGUGGCAGGGAGUUCCAGGGUCCGCACCCUUCUUUGAAGGUUAGGAAGAGACCAAAAUAAUCCUCUAAUGUGUGAAUCCGAGCUCCAUGGCUGCGAUGCUGCUGGAGGGUAAAAACCGUGGAAAUGAAGUUCUUGUUUUGUCUGUAAGAGAAACACCUGUCCCUUAUUUUACCCUUGAAUAAACCCACCUUCAGA